GGCGGAACCUUUGUAGUGAGAGGAAGCAACACGCCGUUGAUAAUAGCUGGAGGUGGAGGAGGCAUAGAUAUGGUAUCUUCAAGACAUGCAGGAUGUGAUGCCAGUACGAGCACAACCGGGAACCCUGGGUACAAAUCAUGGUCGGGAGGCAGCAAUGGACAUGGAGCACAGACGGCCGAUGAUGGUACUUCCGGUGGUGGUGGUGGUGGAUUUUGCUCCAGUGGAAGAAGUGGAAAGGAUUUUAAUGGUACCAUUGGAAAUGGCGGAGAAGGAGGCAAGGGAUUUCUCCAGGAAGGGGUGGGUGGAAGAGCCGUCUUAAACAAUGUUGACGGAGGAUUUGGUGGUGGUGGUGGUGGCGAGGGAACUGUAGCAGGUGGUGGCGGCGGAGGUUACUCUGGUGGAAGCAGUGGAAGUGAUCAUGCCAACAGCUGUGGAGGAGGGGGAGAAUCUUAUAACAACGGAACAAAUCAGCAAAAUGACUGUUGUUUCAACACAGCUGGCCAUGGUCAUGUGGCCAUUACAUUUCUGUUAAAAACUGAACUACGUUCAGCACCAUAUACGGGUAAUUAAGCCAGAUUUAGAGUGAAAUAAGAUAUUCUCCAUUUAAGAUACAAAAAAUGAGCCGAGUGUUACUUGUCGGGCAUUUGUAAGGUAUUCCACCUAUUUAAGUUUCGUAAAAUCUGCCUUUUCUUGACACUUGGCCAAGAAGGGCAAUUUGCACUGUGGCUUUUUAUUUGAAAAUCGUAGUGUUAGAUAAUUUUUUUCCUAUGUUACGAACUUGCUUAACAGGCCGGCUUUCGGCAUAAUCAAGAGUUCC